AUGUUUAUAUCGGUGUUUUUCCACCUCUACUUAGUAGCCCAACACGAAAAUUAAUUUCUUUUCAAUUAAACUGAUUUUAUGCUAAAUUUCUUUGCAAAACAAAACAUAUUUGUGCAGUAAUUAAGGAAUAUAGCACGGGCCUUCCACGUUCCUAAUUCGACGACCCCCAAAAGCGAGUUUGCGUUGUCAAACAUACCCCAGACCGGUGCCGACAUUUUCUUGCCUGAUUAAAGUGUGGGAUUUUCUUGCCUGAUUAAAGUGUGGGGUUUUCUCCACCCAUUCCCUUUGCUUUGUGAAGAGGCCUUAAGUUGAGAUGGUGUAAAGCGAAAUUGGCGGAGCUGCAAAAAUGAAUUUCGAGUACAUUGGCCAUGCGCUGGGCUUCCACGGCCAGCCGCUGCAAAAGAUCUGGGACGAUGAGCGGGGCAUCGACGAUUUGCGGCUGAUGGGCCUCACCCAGGUUAACUAUGGCGUCUACCAGGAGCGCCAGAAGUUCUUCACCUUCCAGGAGCGGGCCAAGCGGCUCAAGAUGCACCAGUUUCUGGCUCGGAAGGCCACCGAUCUGUACGAUCGCAGUCUGGUGGCCAACGUUAUGGAGGAUUCGGUGGUGGCCCAAGGCAACACCUAUAUGCCGCAGCUGCCGCCCUUCGAGUUCUUCCUCAAUGUAAAGGACAAACGCAAGGGUUGGGCCCACCGCCUGGCUGCCCUGAAGCAAGGCGACGUCAUCUACACCCAGGUGACACGGCUGGCCAAUGGCAACCGGCUGAUGGUGAAGCCACUGUGCACCGCCGAGCCCAAGCACGCCUACCUAGCCGACAUGCCCAUCAAGGCCAUGAUUUUACAGGACUAUUGGGGUCCGCUGCCCUUGGACAAACAGGGCAAUGCGCGCACUUUUGCCCUUAAUGACAUCCUGCGCUGCGAGAUCAACAUCAUAUCUGCGGAUACCGAGCGUCUCACUCUGAACAUGAUUGGCAUGUUCAACAAAUCGCCGGAAUUGAAGUUUGGUUUAUGCGACCUUAACGAGUUGCCCAAGUAUUAUCGUAAAAUCCACAAUCUUGAACAUCCUUCUGUGAAACACUACGAGGAUGAGCUAAACGCUGCCCUGGAGUUCGAAAAUCCCAACUACGAUUUGCUGUUCCAGCUAAAUGGCUUGCAGCCCAAUGAGAAUCUCUCGCUAAUGGGGCAUUUGAAGGGCGGAUUCCCGGAGGCGGAGAACGCAGCAGAGCUGCGCCAGAAGCAGGCAUCCCAAUGGGCCUUCCGCUCCGUGGCUGAUGGCAUCGAACACUUUAAGAACGGCCAACAGGUCGAGGCCUUUCAGUGCCUGAACAAAGCUCUGAACAUUGAUCCGCGCAAUGUUGAGGGUCUGGUGGCCCGCGGUGCCCUCUACGCGAACCGCGGAAACUUCCUCAAGGGGCUGCAAGACUUUGAGAAGGCCCUGCACCUCAACAAGUACCACGUGAACGCGCGCAAGUAUAUGGGCGAAACGCUGGUGGCCCUGGGUCGCAGCUAUGAGGAGGAGAACCGCAUUCCCGAGGCGGUCAAGGCAUACAGCGACUGUCUAAAUCUGCUGCCACAGCACGAGGAGGCGCGUCAGUCCUUGGACGCACUGCAGCGAAGUGGUGACGGUAAGAAUAGACUAAGCACCGAGCUUAUCAACCUGACCGGUAACCACUCGUCGGACGAAUCCAGCUCAUCCAGUGCCAGUGAAAGUGAAAGCGAGGAUCAGGCUGGCAAGGCUAAGAGCAACAUUAGUCAGCCCUUCUAUGCCCAAAACCAGAUUCAACCACCGGGGGAGGAAAAGUUGGCCGUCAUCGAUGCCCAGAAGGCCAAUGAAUUCCGUCUGGAUGACGAUGAGACCAUGUCCAGUGUGCGGAAGCUCUUACGCGAGGCCAGCAAGCACAAGAAGGCCAAGAAGAAGGGCAAGAAAAAAAAGGACAAGAAGGAGAGGAGGAGGUCCAAGACCAAGUCUGUGGACGAGGAUCCCAUGGAACUCCUCAAGAAGAUGGAUUUUCAGGAGGCCUUCAGGCUUAUGAACAGCGCCAGUAGCGAGACGGAACUUAAGGCCAAGAUCAAAAACUAUUUACAAGGAGCCAACAAAGGAGGAGACUCACCGCCACCUGCUCCGCCGCCGAUGAAAAAAACACCAGCGCCAUCAAAAAGAUCUAACUUUGACACCAUGGGACCCAGCACAUCGCGUCAUGCGGCCGCCGCUUCUGGAUUGGGAUUCGAACAUCCUCCGGCGGCGCCCAAAUACCAUGAGCAAAAGAAACCGCCGGAGCCGGCGCCUAAGCUCUCUUUUCAGAUCAAGAAGCGACCGCUGCAGAUGGACAAGCUGGGAAUGCUUCGUCUGGCAGCGCCAGCGGAACCCUUGAGAGGUGGUCGGAGCAGCAGCUCGCGCAGCCGGAGUCGGAGUAGAAGUCGCUCGCGAAGUCGCUCGCACCAUCGUCGUCGUGGCAGGAGUUCGCGUUCGCGGCACAGGAGCAGCCGGCGUCGUGGGUCGCGUUCUGACUCCCGAUCCAGGUCGAGAAGCAGGUCGCGAUCGCGCCGCCGCCGCAGCUUUUCGCGUUCGCGAAGUCUCUCGCCACGCCGAUAUGGCAACCGCUUUGUGGUUAGGCGCUACGACAGCCGCCGAGAUCGCCGUUCGCGAUCAUUCCAUCGCCGCAGGACGCCAUCGCCCUUCGUGCCGAGGCGUUCGCCCUCGCCCUUUAAGUCCCGCCGGACGCCCUCUCCGUUUGUGCCCCGACGCACGCCUUCGCCCGCGACCCGCAAUCGCCGCUCCCGCAGUCGGUCCCGUUCACGUUCCCGCAGCCUGAGUCCGCGCCGCCACCAAUCCCGCUACCCACCGAGGGGUAGGGGCCGUGGGCGUGGCUCUGCCGUGCCUAACCGCAGCAAGUACUCCUGGUAUAACCAUGAUACACGCAGCGUUUCCCGCGCCGUGGAGACACCAAAUGGCAAGGAGGAGAAGAACCCAUCGACUGCUCCGUCGGAGAAAAGCGUUCCAAAUGAGGGAAAAGGCAGUGGAAAAGCCGUGGUCGAUGCCGAGUCCAGCGUCGAACAAGUGGACCCAAUGAUCAAGGAGCGCAAAGAGGGCCAUGUGGAGGCCACCCAGGAGGUCAAGGACUAAAAUCAUUGACGCCCACACGUACUACGAGUGUUAAGUUUCCUUUUAGCUGAUAACAAACAUUUGAUUUUGAUAUGCUAACUUGUAAAACCGGAUGUGUUCUCCAAACACUAAAUAAAAAAGCUUUCGAAGCGAAUUUC